AAAACUAGGUCUAGUUAUUUAUAGUUUAAUCAAACUAUCACGCGGCGAAUACUGCUUAACUGGUUGAUUGGCUAGAAAACAUCAGCAGACAAAUUUGUAUUUGGUCUCUAAUGACUCUAUCUGGGCCGACAUACGUGACUAAUCUCAUAGCACCACUUACAUAACUGCGGGUGAAAUAGAAUUUCAAUCAUAUAUCUAGAACUCUCAAUUUACUUCAAGAUGAUUACACAAAUUAUUCGAAUUGGAGGAGAAUGGGCAUACUCACAAAUGAGUAUUUCUAAUAUGUUUUUCUUUGUGUUUAUACUUGCGGCAACGCUGUUCCUAAUGCUCGCCCUACGGCCUCGGAGGAAGUAUGUUUGUGUCAAAAAGCCUACAAAAGUUUUCUCCAAAGAUGGUCCAGAAGUUAUUAUUAUUGGAUCAGGAGUUGCAGGUUCUGCCAUGGCUACAGUCCUUGCUAGGGAUGGAAGGAAAGUCACAGUAAUUGAGCGUGAUCUGAAAGAACCAGAUCGUAUUGUUGGUGAACUUCUUCAACCAGGAGGCGUUAAUGCACUCACAAAAUUAGGUUUAGGGGAUUGUAUAAAAGAUCUGGAUGCACACAAAAUCAAAGGAUAUGUUAUACAUAAUUUAGAAGCCAAAGCAGAGGUAGUUGUACCUUAUCAAGAAUAUAACAAAACGGAAGGAAAUGAAGAAGUGAAUUCAGAAGGAACAGCUUUUCACCAUGGAAGAUUUAUAAUGGCUUUAAGGGAAAAGGCUAAGAAUGAGCCAAACGUGACAUACAUUGAAGGAACUGCAUCCAAACUCCUGGAAGAGAAUGGUGUGGUCAUUGGUGUACAGUAUAAACCUAAAGACGCAGAGGACACAAAAGAAAUCUAUGCACCUCUUACGUUUGUUGUCGAUGGUUGUUUCUCAAAGUUCAGGAAAGAGCUGGUUAAAGAACCAGUUCGUGUUAGUUCUCAUUUUGUUGGCCUUCUCAUGCACCACUGCCCUCAGAAAAAGAAUAAUCAUGCAGAACUAGUGCUUGCUAAACCCAGUCCAAUCUUAGUGUACCAAAUUUCUUCUGAUUCCACAAGAGUGCUGGUUGAUAUUAGAGGAGUGAUGCCCAAAAACAUCAAAGAAUACCUGCUAGAUUCUGUCUGUCCACAACUUCCAGAGCACAUACAAGAGCCAUUUAAAGAUGGAGUCAUAAAUGGAAGAGUAAGGAGUAUGCCGAAUAGCUUUUUACCACCAAAUCCAAUUGAACGACCAGGUGUUCUUGUAUUGGGUGAUGCCUACAACAUGAGACACCCUCUAACUGGUGGGGGGAUGAGCGUUUGCCUCAAUGAUGCUGUCAUCUGGAGAAAUCUUUUAAAAACCAUUCCUGACCUCACUGAUUAUGAAUCAAUCAUUGACGCUUUAAGAGUUUUUCAUCGCUGUAGAAAAAAUAACCAUUCAUUUGUAGUCAACGUCCUUGCUCAAGCCUUGUAUGAAUUGUUUGCAGCUGACAACACCCAUCUAGUUAGCAUGAAGAAAGCUUGCUUUGAGUACUUCAGACUGGGAGGUGAAUGUGUAGCAGGCCCUGUCAGCUUACUUUCUGUCUUAAACCCCAAACCACAUGUGUUACUUGGACACUUCUUUGCUGUGGCCCUGUAUGCUGUGUACUUUGUGUUUAUAUCUGAACCACUCUGGGCUUUCCAUCGUGUGCUCUAUCGCUCCGUGAUGAUCCUUUACAGUGCGUGUGGAAUCAUAUUUCCUCUUGUAUGGGGUGAAACCAAGUCACUAUUGUUCACAUAGGCAGAUUAGCAUGUUUUUAAACUGUGAGCUUGAUAGUUUAACAUUUGAAAAAUGCAUAAGUCAAAAGUUUCCAUAACUUGGUCAUCACAUAGACUUUUUGUAUGAGCUCUGUUCUGUGGCUGCGGAACUUCUUGCCAUCACUGCUGUGGAAACUCAUCUACUUUAUGAUAAAUCUAUAUAAAUUAUAUGGACGGAACAAAGGUUUUCAACAGAUUUUUAUGAUGAAACAAAUAGAACAAAGCUUUUUAAUCAGUACAAAAAAUGUUCUGCUAUUCUUAAAGUUUUGUCAGCAGGUACUUCUCAAAUGCAGCAUUAUGUUGUCAGUAAGUCAGUUUUUUAUUAUUGUUUUUACAUCAUUUGUCUCACCAUCAUCAGUACCAUCUUGUUACAAGCCACAGAUUAGAGUAUAAGUAUUUUACAUUGUCUGUUGCAUUUAACUUUUUGUCUUUUUUAUUAUGUUCAAAUAUUUCUGCUUUUAUUAAAGUGAAAACUGUAUUGAAUAACAUUCUGAAUCAUUCAUUGCAAUGUUUUACAGUUUUCACCAUUAUAAGUUAAGUUAAAACCUCUAAAAAAUUUUGGAUAUAAAGUAAAGCCAUGUGCUUGAAAAUAGUUAAAUUGUGUUAAAGACUUAAUUCUAUUGCUAGUAUGCUAUGUUUUUGAUAAUAGUUGAAUUAUGUUCUUUAGUAUGCCAUGUACUUGAUAAUAGUUAAAUUGUGUUAAAGACUUAAUUCUAUUGCUAGUAUUAUAGUUGUAUGUGUGAAGUGAAAAGUUGCAAGACGUAUGGUAGUGAUGUGACGUUCAGAGUUUCUAGUCACACAGAUAGCAUCAUUUACAUGUACAUUUUGUCCUGUUUUCAGCAGUUUGUUUAAUCAUUUGUGUAAAUUAUUACAUUUUAUAUAUUUAUAAAACUUAACCGAACUUUUUAAUAACUACUUUGUGUCACCUACAUGACACCAUUGCUGACCAUGGGAUACUUAUCAGGAUAUGGUUAGUUAUUUUAAAAGAAAGCUAUCAUUAUGCUAUAAAUUUAAAUAAAUUAGAAGUAUUAUUGCAUUGUGAAGUUAAUCAUUUUUCAGAACAGUCAAUCAAAACUGAGUUCUCUCCCUUGCUACAAAACUGUAAACUAGAAUAAAUAUUCGUUCUUCUUUUAACAAAAAAAAAAACACUAUGAUUUUUUAACAUCUACAAUUUUAAUUAUGUAUUCAAUAGAUGAAUUAUUUAAUAAUGCAAUUAAUAAAGCAUUGUAUUCAAAUUCUGGUGUACUUUACCAGCUACACCACUUUUUGUGUGUCAUGUGAGAAAUAUAUUCAUACUUA